AUGGAUCUCGGCCUCGACGGCAAGGCACUCCCGCCGGUGCCGCCGCAGAAGCGCUCGCGCGUGCUGCUGUCCUGCGCGCCGUGCCGCGGCUCCAAGCUCAAGUGCGACAGGCACCAGCCAUGCGGGCAGUGCGCGAAAAAGGACCGCCCCGCGGCCUGCGUGUACGCGCCCCGACCCGUCAAGAGGAAGCCGCCGCCCAGGGGCAUGUCGGCGCGCCUGAAGCGGCUCGAGGGCAUGGUCCGCAGCAUGAUGGAGGCGGAAGAGGAGGAACAGGCUGCUGAUGGGAGAACGGAGCGCGAGGAGGAGACGGAUGCGCGAGCGGCAAGGCCGGCGCAGGGCCAGGUGGUGCGUAGUGCGCAGGGCUCGACGUAUGUGGGAGCGACGCACUGCUUGGCGAUGCUGGAAGAUAUUGAAGAUAUGAAGACGUAUUUUGAUGAUGAGGAUGACGAGGUGGACGACGACUCUCCUGGGAUGGACUUGGAUGCCGCUGAGAUGCUACUCAGUCCACGAGGCGGACCGGCUAGUCGUGAAGAGCUCAUUGGGCACAUACCAGAAAAACACAUUACGGACAGGCUAAUUAUGAGAUAUUUUUCUUCUUCAAGCCCAUCGCAAUGCAAGUCCCUUAUCAAUCUCGAAGUGGCCAUGAUGCUAACUAGCUUCUCAUAUGCACAAUUCUGGCAGGAUCCAGACAGUGUCUCACUCCAAUGGCUUGCGCAGCUCUUCAUGAUGCUCGCCCUCGGCGUCGUCUUCAACCACUUCUCCGCGCCCGACGAGCUCCGGGCCGAGUCCGCGACGCCGGCCCUGCAGCGCAUCCAGAAGCUGCGCGCCUGCGCCGGCUGGGCCCUCGUCUGGAGCAAGUACACGAGCCCGACAGCCGAGACGAUCCCGGCCUUUAUCCUCUACGUCGAGGCCUACUUCCUCUUCAGCCGGGCCGCGCAGAUGAGCUGCUACACGCUGUCGGCCGUGUGCCUGCGGCUGAUGCUCAAGCUCGGCAUGCACCGCGACCCGGGCGGGCUCGCGCACCUCUCGCCGUACGAGUGCGAGAUGCGCCGCCGCUGGUGGAGCAUGGCUUGCCAGGUCGAGCUGCUCGUGUCCUUCCACAUGGGCCUCCCGAGCAUGCUCGGCAGCGGCCUCGCGUCCGACGCUGCCGUCCACGGCCACCACCCGGACGAGGACUUUGGCGAGGACACCACGGAGAUGCCGCCGCCCCGGCCGCUGGCCGAGUACACGGCGCUGUCGUACUCGGUCCACAAGACGCGGAUCCUGCGCGUGUUUGGCCGCAUCGCGCAGCAGGCGCACGCGCUGGCCCCGCCGUCGCACGCGGCUUCGAUGCGGCUCGACGCCGCGCUCAACGACGCGUGGGACCAGGUGCCCGCGCAACUCCGAGUGCGGCCUCUGGAGCGGUGCGUCGGCGACGCGCCGGCGCUGCUCAUCCAGCGCUACGGCAUCGAGGCGCUGUACCACAAGGCGCGGUGCGUGCUGCACCGGCGGCGCCUCUCGGGGCCGGCGGUGCUCCGCGCCGAGCACGACUACGCGCGGCAGCAGUGCGUCGCGGCCGCCGUCGCGCUGCUCGACGUGCAGGCCGUCGUCUGGGACGCCACGCGCCCGGGCCGCGUGCUCAGCGCGUGCGGGUGGUUCGUCACGUCGUUGGCGGUGCACGACUUUAUGCUCGCGGCCAUGGUCGUGUACGUUGUGCUGUGCGGCGCGCACUACCCGGAGCACCCGGGCGGCGGUGAUGAUGAGCGGUGGGCGGCGGCGCCGGGCACCCGGCUGCGGUCGAGGGAGGAGCUCAAGACGAUGCUGCGCCGGUCGCAUGCUAUCUGGUGCCGUGUCUCAUCGACGGUGGCCGAGCUGCGCAAGACGAGAGACACACUAGCCGUUAUGCUGGCCAAGCUGGGUUGUCCCGUCGACGACGAGAGCGUCCCGGCGGCGCCGAUUGGGUCUGAUGCUGGACCCGAACAGCACAUGCCGCCUCCGCCGCCGCUGAUUUCGAGCGGGCAGCUGUCAUCCGCGACUGCAUCUGCUAAUCAGGCUUACAGCGGCGCCGAGGCCACACACGACUUGAACGGCACGAUAACCAGUACAGACUUUUCCGGCUUUGCCCUGCCGCUGGUCGCCAGUGACCCGAGAGUGGUGACAUUCCCGGGGGCGGAGGGGACGAGUUUUGGAGAUGACCUGUCAGGAAAGGGAGCCUCGGCUGUUGGAGAUGGUGGCGAGGGUAUCUUUGGUAUGGUCGAGUUUGACUCGUCGUGGAUGGGUGACGACAUGGAUUGGGGUAUGAACGCUCAUGGCUAA